CAAUCAAAUAUUCAUUAGUUGUGAAAGAAGAUCAAAAUGGCGAUGGAAGCAGCGCCAAACUCGCCUCAACUCAACAACUUUGCACCGCAAAAUACAGUCGCUGUCUCUCAUACAGUGCCGUCUUCGGCACAUGCGACAGCAGUUAACCUGAUACAGCCUGACCAGAGCAAAGGGUUGUAUAUCGUGGAUCCCUCGCAGCAACAUGCCGCCUUACAGAUGUUCGGCAACCCGGAUCAACGAGCGUUCUUGACGGCCAAUCCUUCCGAAUACAACGUUUCUACUGGCGCAAUUACUCAGCAAGUAUCUAACGGAAACCCCCAAAUUAUGAUGAAUGGACAGCCCAUUGGAGCACAAAGGAUUCCAGUGGCGAUGGAAACUUUGGAUGAGCCAUUGUAUGUCAAUGCUAAGCAAUACCAUCGUAUCAUCAAGAGACGGCAAGCACGGGCCAAGCUUGAAGCAGAAGGGAAAAUUCCUAAAGUCAGAAAGAAAUAUCUGCAUGAAUCCCGACAUCAGCACGCAUGUCGACGGAAAAGGAGUAAUGGUGGGCGGUUUGUGACCAAGCCUGGUGAAGAGAGUGAUGAGUCACAAGAUGCAUCCGAAAAACAAAUUGAGGUUCAACCACAACACACCGGCAGCAUGACACAUGGCCAAGAAGGACAGUUACCCUCAGAACAGACAACAGAGGGGGUCGAGUAAAAGAUAUUUAAUAAAUGUGGCAUUGUUUACAAGUGCAGGCAUGAUACCACCCUUGGUAGAAGCACCCCAAGGCUCCCAGCCAAAUAGCCAAUUUAAAUGAGACAUGAGUACACACAAGAUGCUUAUUAACUAGACAAAGAAUGUUAACAUUAUCCAUAAGUUCAUAAUCUUCAUUUUUGUGCUGGUAUCUGGUAAUACAAAGGAGUAAGCCUGGGUAGCCCCACUAAAAGAGAGAGGGAAGGUGUUCACGGCCGAGAAAUCAGAGGAAGCGGCCCAAUACACAGGCUACAGAAAAAUUUGUUUUGCAAGAUUUUGGUGAUGAAUCAUAAAAUAUUUGAUGCAUCCACUUUUUUAAGUGCAUCUAAAGGGGUGGCAAAUGGUCAAUCCGAGAAAUUCCGAUAUGGCUGUUUUGAAAAUAAAAAAAAAACAAGAUCUUGCUUUUCAAAAGAUACAAGAACAAGAAAUUGAAUCUCUAAAAUCCAUGAAUCAAAUGCCUUAAAAUUUGGUGAGAAAAUUUAUAUUUUUGGGACCAUUCGCCACCCCUCUAAGAUAUCCUAAAAGCAUUGUAAGUAUGGAAUUGAAAUGUUUCAAGUUUUGCUUGGCUUGUGUUUUAUUGACUUGUUCCGCUAGGGCUUUCUGAGAGUAGGGAUUCAUUAAAUAUUAUUUCCUCUACCAUACUUAAAAUAAAUAACUCAACACAACACAACGUUAACUAGAGGUAGCAAAGAAUUCCUAUCAAUUAAGCCAUCUAAUCACAAUCCUGGCUGCAAGCCCUGACCAAAUGCAUAUUAUCCAUUUUUUGUGAUUUUGAUUAUUUUUCAGACUCUGACCAAGAAUUCUAAAAUGCUUCUCACUUUAGUGAAUCAAGUUUUAAAUCUGUAGUGAAACAACAUUUUAUACCCUCUCAUUGUUCAAUGCUUUGCAGUGAGAUGAUGUGAGUAGAAGCUAUUAAAGAACAAGCCAAUGGAAACAGUUCAAUUCUUUUGUUGCUUGGAAUUCAUGAGCCUAUGUUUGCAGAUCGCUCACAAGUGCAGUUAAAGCAUAAAAUAAAAAAAACUGUUUAUAAAUGAUAACCUGGAAUUUGCUGGGCAGCAAGGAAAGGCCCUCUAAUAAGAGCAUGCUCUUUACUCUGUAAAAUCUAUUUGUAAGAAUUUAGUGAUAAAAUAUGUAUCCACUUGUUUUCAUUUGUACAAAUACUUUCAGCUUGUGCAAAAGCUGAUGUUGUUCCAUAGUUCAGAUUUUUGCACCAACAAAGGAUAAAAUAUUCUAAAAAGAGCAUUAUUUUAACAUGUACAUAAACAGCAGCUGUGGUCUAGUCUUUCAAAGAAAGUAUUAUUUUGUUAUGGUUAGCUAUGUGGUUAGCAUUGUAGGCAAAAACUUGCACUGCCUCAUAUUCUAUCUACUGUAGUUUAUUUCUAAAACAGAGAAAUAAAGAGUAAACAACAAUUCAAAA